AUGAUGGAGUUCAGUGUCACCCAUGCAGCCGAGCAGUUGGUGACCACCUACGCCGAUGGGCAGUCUCGCCAAACAUGGGAUCACAAAUGGACGAUCACGCCCUCAACAAAACAUGACAAAUUACUGCUGGAAGGGCAUGCUUGUGCUUAUGAUCUCGCACUUCAAAAGGCUCAUAUCAAUCGAAAAGAAUACCUCGCUGUCCUGAAGUGCCUUAAUCUACUGGUCAAAUGGGUCGGAUGGUUCCCUGCUUCCCGUCAGCAAAUACGUCAGGUUGUCAUUUUCUGUGAUAACUCGAGUGCAGUGGCAUGGUCCCAGACUGAUAAACUCAACGGGAGUAUCUACGACCAGGCUGCCAUUGCAAGAGCUACAGAUGCCCUCAACCAGCACCGGCAUCAUCUGCAAGUUGACUGUAACAUCUCCUUGGAGAUACGGCAUAUAAAGGGUCUUCGUAACCUUUUUGCGGACCAUCUAUCCCGCCUGCCUGCCAUCCUGCCUGACUUGCCUCCUUUGGGGGGAGAUGAGCAGGAAAAGGGGCAUUCAGCUAGAUGCUCAGGGCAGGCUGCAGUAGUAUUGUGUGCGCUUGAUGAACAGCUCUGCAUCGAGAGAUUUGGCCAUGGCACUCAUCAUGCAUAUCGUCCCUGCUCAACUACCUCUGCAAGUGACCCAAUGCCUACUGAGCCGGAUGCAGAGCUUGGUCGACCCAUGACUAUGGUUGAUCCUCCGGCUGUAGGAGUUUCCUUCGUAACGAGGUCAGGAGGAACUGAGCAGGGGGGACGACGGGCCCAGUUCGAUGACACCACAGAUUUGGCCAAUAUGGAACCAAAGGAUAUCUUAGAACUGGAGAGUAAUGCCUUGAAGGACCUAGAGUUUUGUGAAACUCACGAGGUUUGUGGCAUUCGACUCGGAGACCUCGUCCUUGCACUCCAAGGAAGGCUUGCCAAGAAGCCGCAGAAUGAGAGUGCCUAUGCUUUGGCCAGAGGAGGUGCGCAUGGUCCUUACUUCCGGCUGAGCGAGGUGGGUAGUGUUUUAGAACACCAGGAUCCCAGCGUUCACGAGGGCUGGAAGGUUUAUCUGAACACAACGAGGGCGCGGGAAUGGGCGCUGUACCGUAGCCAUUCCCAUCCGUUGCUAGCUGCCCACCAGGGUGCUCCCCGAGCCUGGGAAGCAUUAUGGAAGGCAGGAUAUGUCUGGGACACAAUGGUGGCUGAUGUUCGCAGGGGUGUAUCUACCUGUCAUGAAUGCCAGAUGGGCAAACCCUUCGCAAAGGAACCUGCUCAACCACUGGUACGCAAGAGGAACUCGGGCAGGUUCACCAAUGUCCAGAUCGACUUUCUGACCAAACCAAAUGAUGUCAAGUUGGGGGGACCUCCCGAGUUGAGCCCUGGAGGAUGGCAGUACCUAUGUGUUCUGAUGGAUGAGGGGACUCGUGUCGCGCUUGCUGUGCCAUCGUUCUCCACAAGCACAAGGGACGUGAUUCAGGCGUUACUCCAGUGGUGUGCUUGCUAUGGAAUCCCUUCAGUCCUCCAGAUGGAUAUGGCCGGGGCUCACCAGUCACAAGAGCUUGCAAUGUUCCUCAGGAUGAUGGGCAUCUCUUUGAGACCGGGAGUACCGAGAAGGCCCCAGAGUCAGGGGAUGAUUGAACGGCUCAUUCGUGAUGUCAAAUCCGCCAUCCACACUGCCCAAGCAGAUAGGCGAGGGUACACUACUCCCUGGUGGGCUGCUGCACUAGUAGCCAUCAUGGUGCAUAACCACUCUACUUUGUAUGACACCCACUUAUCUCCCCAUGAAUUGGCUACGGGCGCACCCUCCACAGGGUUAGUAUCAUUACCCUCAUGUCCUCAAGACACUGAUGACGGGCCUCAGACUUCGGACAUUAAUGACCCUACGAAGCUCUGGUAUCGCCUGCAUGAGUGGAUAGGUUCAGCUUACUCACUUCUUACUCAUGUACGGAAUGAGAGGCAAUGUUGCAUCUUGCCAGGCAGGAAGUUCCCCGCUCCUCUCUCUCACCUUUUACCUUUUCAUGAGGAUGACGUUGAGAAGAAAAGAGAAGAAGAGACUGGCCCUCAUCGAGCACAUUUAUCCUCCAUCCUCCGCGGCAAGAUGCCUCAGGGUAUCGCCCUGGGCGACCUAGCUGGUGGCGAGUGGAUGGUCAUCCGCCGCUCAACAAAGACCGACGGAGGAACGACUACUUGCUAUCUUGCUGAAUUUAAGAAGAAGCCAUGUUCGCCACUAAGGGGGGAUGUGCGACUGACGGCAGCCUCCUGUCAGCGCAAAGUUAGUGACGAACAGUUUUUCGCUACGCCAUUAGCUUGA